AUGAAGCUGACCACUCUGUUCCUGCUGGUGACCAUUGGCAUUUGCAGUUACUCUGCUACUGCCUUCCUCCUCGGUAGUGCCAAGAAUGCCGUCCCUGAACCUGCAUCUUUGCCUUUGGACGCCAUUCCCCUUCUGGAUUCAUUAAAGACUGUGCUGAAUAUACUGGGCAUUUCUGUUGAGCACCUCGUAGAGGGGCUAAAGAAGUGUGUGAAUGAGAUAGGCCCAGAGGCCUCUGAGGCGGUGAAGAAACUGCUGGUAACUACAGCUUGUGGGGUAGAUUGUCACAGGCAGGGCUCAGCUACCUGA